AUUUUAUAAGCAUUCGAGACGAGUAAGCUAGUAGAAAUGACUUUGGUGCCGACCACGUAUCGCGAUCUGUCCCGGGAAUUGGAUCGACCACGUCCACUCUAUCAGCCAUAUGACUUCCAGCUGUACCCGUACCUAUGGGACGAUCCGCGCAUCUGGUGGCCCGCCAACAGCAGCAGCAGCGACUACUUGCGCCCUUUGGAUGAGCUGGUGAGCAGGCGAGUGCGCAACCAGCUAAUACAAUCGACGCCCUACGACUGGUCAUAUCCCAUGCGCUGGGACAACUACUACUCCGGCGAGCGGGUGCAUGCGGAUGAGAAGGGCUUUCGCAUUGACAUCGACGUGCGCCAGUUCCGGCCGCACGAGAUUGUGGUGAAGACCAACGACGACUACAUCAUUGUGCAAGGCAACCACAACAAGCGCAGCGAGGGCGCCAAUGGCUACGUAGAGCGACAUUUUGUGCGCAAGUAUCUGCUCCCGCGUGGCUACAAUGCCAACGAAGUCAUCUCCGACAUCUCCUCGGAUGGCAUUCUCACCAUCAAGGCGCCGCCGCCGCCACCAUCCAAAUACUAUACGCCCAGCGAACGUCUUGUCCGCGUUCAUGAAACAGGAAAACUAGCGCUGCCCUGGAAGUAGCUGCGCCCCCUCUUCAGCUGCUGACAUCUUACAUCUUUAUAGCCUCUUUCGCAUCAUUGGGAAAUAUUCAAAUUCAAGGUGAACUAUUUAUGGCCACCGCGUUGCAUCGAGAAUUUUAAUUUUAUUUUAAGUACACAAAUACAGAAAAUGCUUGAUGCAAUCUUAAAUGCGCAAUAAAUUGAAUUUUACAAGUCUUCA